ACAAAAACAAACGCCCGACGUAAGCUCCCUCGCUAUCUGUCUCACUCACGACUUCAUGUUGAGGAGAGGACCAUACUUUCAUGCGACGUCGGCCAUCUUGCGACUUCCCCGCGGACCGACAGCAAGUGGGAGCUGAAACUGACUGUUUGCUGCCAAAGAAAGAAGUCCACAUAUACUCCUCCUCCUGCUAAAUAUGGCGGCAGACACACUGUGACUUUGAUCCCUGGGGAUGGUAUUGGGCCGGAACUCCUGAACCACGUCAGAGAUCUCUUCAGAUUUUGCUGUGCACCAGUGGAUUUUGAGAUUGUCAAGGUGGAUUCAGGCGCUACUUCUGAGAAUGAUAUCAACAACGCUAUUACUGCAAUUAAACGGAAUGGAGUCGCGCUUAAGGGUAACAUAGAGACCAACCACAACUUUCCUCCAUCUCAUAAAUCCAGGAACUAUUUGCUUCGGACAUCUUUGGACCUGUAUGCUAAUAUAAUGCACUGCCAGUCACUUCCUGGAGUCCCGACACGCCACAAAGGCAUUGACAUCAUCAUCAUAAGGGAGAAUACUGAAGGAGAGUAUAGCAGCCUGGAGCAUGAGAACGUUCCCGGAGUGGUGGAGUGUUUAAAGAUAAUAACACGCACAAAUUCGUUGCGGAUUGCUGAAUAUGCUUUUAACCUGGCUAGGGAACAAGGGCGCCGUAAGGUCACGGCGGUACACAAAGCUAACAUCAUGAAGUUGGGGGAUGGCCUUUUUCUGCAGUGCUGUAAAGAGGUGGCAGCUGGAUAUCCAGAGAUCACAUUUGAUAACAUGAUCGUGGAUAACACAACCAUGCAGCUGGUCUCCAAGCCCCAACAAUUUGAUGUGAUGGUAAUGCCUAACCUUUAUGGAAACGUGGUGAGUAACGUGUGUGCUGGACUUGUUGGAGGUCCGGGGCUGGUACCAGGAGUCAACUAUGGCAAGGACUAUUCUGUUUUUGAGACCGCCACUAGGAACACUGGAAAAAGCAUUGCGAACAAGAAUAUUGCAAACCCCACUGCCAUAUUGCUGGCGAGCUGCCUGAUGCUGGAUCACUUGAGACUUCAUGCAUAUGCCAGUAUGAUUCGGAAUGCAGUUCUGAAAACUUUGUCUGAAACCCGGUUGCACACAUCUGACUUGGGAGGUCAGGCCACGACCUCUGAGGUGGUCCAUUCCAUUAUGCAGGAGAUUCAGAGAGGGGGACCCCGCACAUCACUACAUAUCUGAACUUCAUGUCAGCAGCUUCUAUACUCCGAAUCAACUUUACAGAAUCAAUUUGACAGAAAAAUAUGUUCAUUUGUUUUGAAAAAUAAGGUAAAUAAAUAGUCUAAAAUAUUUUUAGGGUAAAUUCUUCAAUCCAAAAAUGUACUAAACUUGAGUCUUUUUAUAUCGGUUUAGAUGAAGACAAACCCACACACACAAGAAAAUGUUCAAUGUAAAAAGGAGCCAGGGAUGUAGUACACAAUGAAGACAGCCUUAACAAAGAAUAAAUGAUAAAAUUCUACAAGAAAUAAUGCAAAAACUAUUCUUAAACAUUCUUAAACAUUAAUGUUUUCUAUGUUAUCUAUAAAACAUGUUUUUGGUUCAGUUAGCAGCCCUUAUCUGAUGAGAUUUGUGCCUCUGUCUCUUUGCCGCAGAGAGAGUAUGCAAUUGCACUGUAGAGAGUUUUCAUCUGUUGUAGCGUUAUCUGAUGAUACUUUAAGCACUUUUAUUAAUAAACUCUUCUUACCUUUCCA